AUGCAGGAUGUGGCGAAAAUUUUGGUGUUCGGCAAUAUUUGUUUGCUCGUGUUUGGAUUCGAUCCAUAUACCCUCCCCCAUUUUGGGUCUGAUUCCAAAUCGUUGUCAUCAUCAGAAGAUCAUGCCUUGUUGUUGGGGGGAGCAUUUGACGAAAUCGAGGAGGCAGUUAUAUACCGACAUGUUGUCCCCAUGUGUGUUUGGAAAUUCCAAAAGAUGCUUCAGAUUGGAGUAGAGAAGAAGGUGGCUAGAUACUGCAAGAUUCUGGACGAGUUCUUGUAUGCAAGCAUCGAGAUGAAGAAGCAAGAGUUAUCAACAUUGGGAAACAAUAUCAUUAAUUCCACUACCGAGAAGCGCGACUUGUUGACACAUCUUUUGGUAGAAGAAGAGAAAUACUCAAACAAGUUUCUGAGAGAUGUUUCUAUCAGCUUGAUAGUAGCUAGCAGAAACACGGUGUCCUCUGCUCUAACUUGGUUGUUAUGGCUAGUGGCGACCCACCCAGAUGUCAAGAAAAGGAUUCUUGAAGAGAUCAAACAAGUCAUGACCACAAAAACAUCAUCAAGUGGCGGGUUUCUGAGCGAGGAUGAGCUUAACAAACUAAUAUUGCUCCAUGCAACCAUAUGCGAAACCUUAAGGUUGUACCCACCCUUUCCAAUUGAGCACAAAUGUGUCGUGGAAGCAUAUGUCCUCCCUACAGGCCAUUGUGUGCGUAAGGGAACAAAGAUAUUAGUCUCCAUAUACUCGAUGGGUAGGAUGGAAGAGAUUUGGGGAGAAGACUGCAUGGAGUUCAAGCCAGAGAGAUGGAUUUCGGAAAAAAGGAACAUAAUCUAUGUUCCAUCGUACAAGUUCAUGACUUUUAUCUCAAGACCAAGGACUUGUCUAGGCAAGACUAUGGCUUUCAUGCAACCCAAGUCGAUGACCAGUGCUAUUCUGUGGAACUACAAGCUUGAUAUGGGAAAGAUCGUGUCGUGA